GCGUGGCCUCGGCGGCGGCGUGGCCGGGGUGCGAUGGAGCCCCGGGCUCACCUGCAGUGCAAGAACCUCCAGGAGUUCCUGCGGGGGCUCAGCCCCCAAACCCUGGACCGGCUCUACGGGCACCCGGCCACCUGCCUGGCUGUCUUCAGGGAGCUGCCAGGGCUGGCCCAGGCCGGGAUCCUCCGGAUGCUUUUCCUGGAGCAGCCCCUGCCCCAGGCGGCCGUGGGGCUCUGGGUCAAGAAGGAGCACGGCAGGGAGCAGGAGCAGAGCCAGGAGGUGCUGCUGGAGCUGCGCCUGUGGCACCCCCACACCCUCCCGGGGGGGCUCCCGGGGGUCGCCCUCAACCCAAACUUCAAACAGAACCUCAGGGUGGCCCUGCUGGGGGGGGGCAAGGCCUGGUCGGACGACACGGCCCCGCUAGGCCCAGACAGACACGCUCGGGACGUUCCUGCGCUGGAUAAAUACGCCGAGGAGCGCUGGGAGGUGGUUUUGCACUUCAUGGUGGGGUCCCCGAGCGCGGCCGUGAGCCAGGACCUGGCGCAGCUGCUGGUGCAGGCCGGGCUCAUGAAAAGCGAGGGGGGGGAGCCCCCCUGCAUCACCUCAGCCGGGUUCCAAUUCCUGCUGCUCGACACCCCAGCCCAGCUCUGGUUCUUCAUCCUUCAAUAUCUGCGAGGAGCCGAGGCUCGGGGGAUGGACCUGGUGGAGAUUUUGUCCUUCCUGUUCCAGCUGAGCUUCUCCACACUGGGAAAGGAUUACUCGGUGGAGGGGAUGAGCGAGUCCCUGCUGACGUUCCUGCAGCACCUGAGAGAGUUCGGACUGGUGUUCCAGAGGAAGAGGAAGUCACGCCGGUUCUACCCCACCCGCCUGGCCAUCGCGCUGGCCUCGGGGACAUCGGGGACGCCCUUGGGGACAUCCCUGGGGACACUGGGGACGUUGGGGACAGAGCCCGACGGGCACGGCUUCGUCCUGGUGGAGACCAACUACCGGAUCUACGCCUACACAGACUCGGAGCUGCAGGUCGCUCUCAUCGCUCUCUUCUCCGAGCUCCUCUAUCGCUUCCCCAACCUGGUGGUGGCACAGGUGACAAGGGACAGCGUGCAGGCGGCCAUUGCUAAUGGCAUCACAGCUGACCAGAUCAUUCACUUCCUGCGCACGCGCGCCCACCCCGUGAUGGCCAAACAGACCCCGGUGCUGCCCCCGACCGUCACCGAUCAGAUCCGGCUCUGGGAGCUCGAGCGGGACCGGCUGCGCUUCUCCGACGGUGUGCUGUACAACCAGUUCCUGUCCCAGGUGGAUUUCGAGGUGCUGCGGGACCACGCGCGGGCGCUGGGCGUUCUGGUGUUCGAGAAUCCCGCGCGGCGCCUGAUGGUCGUCACCCCCGCGGGGCACCCCGACGUCAAACGCUUCUGGAAGAGGCAGAAACACAACGGAUGAGACACAAAAAUCCCGAAAUCC